UUCCGCGGAGCCAGUAUGGUAAUGACCGUCAUCUCGUUAUGUCGGUCGCCGACGUCCACCCACUUCGUUAUUCCGUCCUUAUCUCGGUUCAGACGACACCGUAUCAUCUUCGGAACGGCGUAUAUGCAGACGAAAAUCUAAGUGAGCAGUAUCGGAGUAUAAGGAAAAACGGGGCAAUACAUAAGCGGCGUGCGGGCAUUCGAAGGCAUCAUUUGUUUUGACCCCCGAUAACCCGUGUGUACACUAAUGGAAUGAAUAAAUAACACAAGUGACUUGUACGGAUUUAAUUGUACGUGUUUAUAGUGCAAUAUCCAAUUAGUGACAUCAUUAUAAAUUGUGUUCUUUUGACAUGUGGAUACGAGUGUUUUUAUCAAAUAAACUUUGAAACCGAGUGAGACCCAUAUGAUGGCGAAAUUUUGUCUGUUGACGAGUGUCCUCGUGCCUCUACUGCUGCCAGUGAAAUGUCUAUUCGCUGGCGAAAGUUGCAUAGCUGAUAAUCAGUCGGGUACAUGUGGUCCUUUGGACAAUUGUCAGCCGAUUCUAGAUGAAAUCAAGAGAGCGGGUAAUCCGAUACCUUUUCUUUUGAAUAAGAAAUUACAAUCUCUCACCUGUGGCUUCGAUUCUCACGAACCUUUGGUAUGUUGUGUCACACCCACAGAUUUCAAUGAGGAUCCCGUGUGGUCGAAUAUAAAUAAUACACCAAACCGGGGCAAACCUAAACCCAAUCCUCUGAACCAUCCGUCGAAUUCGGAAGACUAUGACAUUGAACCAUUCGACGAAAUUCAAAACCAUCGUAACUUUCAUCUCUUGCCAUCUAGUUGUGGUAUAUCUGACAGUGACAGAAUAAUUGGCGGAAAAAGAACCAGGCUGUUUGAGUUACCUUGGAUGGUGCUAAUAGCCUAUGACUCAGCCCGCGGCAGACAGCUCAAUUGUGGUGGGACUUUGAUCUCGGAAUGGUAUGUGUUGACCGCUGCCCAUUGCGUGUCGUACUUAGGAUCAAAACUCAAGUUGUCAGAGGUAGUGCUUGGGGAACAUGAUGUAAGGAAGGAUCCAGAUUGCGAAAAAAUUGAGGACAAACAAUACUGCGCACCUAAUGUCCGGAAUGUGGGUAUAGAUGAAAUUAAGGCACACCCUGGUUACCGACCACAAACUCUGUUUGAUGACAUUGCCUUAAUAAGGCUAUCUGAACCAGCUGACUUUAGUUUAGAUAGCAUGGGGCCAAUCUGUUUACCAUUUACUAAAGAACUUCGGGAUAAGAAUUUAGUGGGCGUAUCUGCGGAGGUAGCCGGCUGGGGCGCUACUGAAGACGGUUUGCAGUCUCCCGUGCUGCUUAAUGUGGAACUACCAAUACUCCACAAUCAAGACUGUGUAGACGCUUAUAAUGGAUCAAUUCGGAUAUAUGACAGUCAAUUAUGCGCGGGUGGCGUCCCUGACAAGGACUCUUGUGGUGGUGAUUCUGGAGGUCCACUCAUCUACCCUGGCAUCACUGGGAAACUUGGGCUGCGCUAUGUUCAACGAGGGAUCGUGUCUUAUGGGACUAAACGGUGCGGCAUCGGCGGGUAUCCUGGUGUGUACACAAAAAUAUCCAGUUACAUGAAGUGGAUCCUGGACAAUAUGCGAGAGUAAAGUAUAUAAGAUUGCUUAAGUACACAAGAACAAAGGAAAAUGCGAAGACCUAUAAUAUUCGAAUGUGGUCCACGCAUUAACUUGUUUUGACUAGUCCUUCAAAUAAGUUUAUAGUGUAAGUAUGCAAUUGAUUUUUGUGUGUUUUAUUUAGAAAUAUAUGUCAUUAGAAAAUUAUAAUAUGUUAAAAAAUAAAUACUUAAUGGUCCCAAAUCAUACAGCGUCCGUUGAAAAUACUCAGAACAAUACAAGUAGAGCAAAUUCAUGAAUAUAAUAAUAAUAAUUAUUUUGUAGACAAAUGGUACAACCAUUCUUAAACUAAGCGUGAAUACUAUUCUCUAAAUAGGUAAAUCUUGUAAUUUAGGAUAAGCAAUAAUUGUAUUGUAUGAAGAACGGAACUGUAAUCAACAAGACUAAGAUAGAAUGAGUGUAAAACUACAAAUAAGUACCUACUUAGAAUCCAUAAUAGUGUAAGCCACUCACUCAUGAUUAUGGUAAGAGAAAUAUAAGAACGUAUAAAUGUAUGAUUGGAAUUAAGUUUCACGAUAAAUACAGACUUAAUGUUUUUUAAAUCAAAAUAAAAAAAUAUUAGAGUGUGGAAGUAAAUCUUAUUGUUUGUAAAAAUAAUAUUUAAAAUUAUCGCACAAUCAGUCAAUCAGUCAAAUGAUAACAGACUUACAAACAAUACAGUCAAAUUAAGAAUCCUCUCCUUUUAGAAUUUGGUUAAAACGUAAUAAACACUUAAUUAAGUUACUUAUUUAUUAUUUUUAAAUAUUAGAUACCGAUGAUAUCAGUGUAGACCUAUUAACAUUUUUUUUUUAUUUUAUAUUUAUUAUCUUGUAGUAAUAGUAUCCAUACUUUAAUUAUGUAAAAUAAUCAUUUGAGAGGAUUAUAUAAAAUACGGGGAAUAUGUUUCCUAGUCAUAAAGCCAUAUUAUUUGUAAAUAAUUUAAAUUUUUGGAACAGAAGGCCAUGGAGGAAUGUACAAAUUUUAUUGUACUAAUGCCAUAAUUUGCCGAAAAAUUGAAUUUGUAAUUGUUUUUAUUAAUUGUGUUAAAUAAAUAUACUCAUGCUCAAUUAUGCAAUAAAUAUAAGUGUAUAUAAGUAUAUAUAAGCAUAUUCUAAAAUAAGUUCAUGUGCAGAAUUUGAUGUUUAUGUAGAUAAUAUGUGCAUUAGCCGACUUUCUUUAAGUUUAAUAGUCUUAAUAAGUCAGGACCUACUUAUAAGCAUUGUUGCCUAGAACUACGAUAUUCCACAUACCUAAGUACCUAUAUACGAGUAACAAUAUAAUAUCAUGUAUUUUACAAGGUAUAUUUAAAAUGUAAAACAUAACGGAGUUAUUAACAAUAAAAAACCCAAUGUUAAUGCAAAUUGAUAAUAAUUUCAUCUUGUGCUAGGUUGUGAUUUUCUGAGUGACUGAUAAUUAAAAUGUACUAGUAAAUAGAUUAAUUUUAAUAACAAUAUUGUAAUUAAGGAAGUACUUAAACUAAUGGAUUUGAUGAAUACUUAAGUUUACAAAUAUAUUUGUUAAUAAAAAAUAUGUUAAAAAAGAAGUCUGAUAAGUGUUGACAUAUUAGGUAUAUUAAAAUAAAAUAUUACGCCAUCUUUUUUAUUUUGUCUUUGAAUUAUUUAUAUUCGAUAUGAGGAAAUUAAUCAAAGAUUUUCUGGAUUAUUAAUGAAUAAUUUAAGAGAAUAAAUAUAUCGAUAUAGUCCUGAAAUACUAAGUAAGUAUUUAUAAUUGAAUUAUAUAUGUAUAGUUUGUUUCAAUAGAAUUUAAUAAAUAUGUAAAUAAAUGAAUAAUUGAGCCGAUUAUAAGACGAACUCCUAAGAUUCAAUAGUAGUACAAAUAAAAAAUCAAUUGAACGUUUUAACUUGUCGCUGAUUUCAUUUAGAGAGUAUUUCUGUGAUUAUUUUGACAAAACAUAAUUACGUUUUUAUCAAAAAUUAUUGAAUAUAUAUAAUAGAUUAUACAUAACCAUGGACUCAAUAACUCUUUUCUCGGAGAUCCUCCAACAUCUAUCUACAACGUGAAUCCUGUUUUGGGGCUAUAACUUUAUCGAUCGAUAUUUAAAGUUGUUAUCAAAAUUGGUUCAGAACUGGCUAGUAUAUUGAGUAACAAGCAGAAAAGUAACUACCAGCGAAUACCAUUAGCAUUAUUGUAUCUCCUUCAAACAUGCUAUAAUGGUGCAAAUGUCUUAUAUAUGAUAUAACGUUCAUACUCGUAUGUUUUUUGACAUUAGAAUCUUUGUGAUAAUGAAUCAUUGUAGUAUAUGCAGUCAUACAGUCAGCAGUAUUGAAUAACAAGAUUUGUUGAGAAUAUUAAAAAAAAUGUAACUUAAUUUGAAAAAUUGUUUUGAGAAAUAAUUAUAUGUCUAUAAAUGCAAUCACCUAGAUAGGCGUAUUGACUAAAAAUGUGAAAAUUUUAGUUAGAAAAUAUACCAUAUUGUAAAUACAUAGAACGUUUUUUAUUUUUAUUUAUGAGGGCGAAUCCGCGUUGUAAAAGUAGUGUCCCAGAGGAAGACUUUGUACAAAAAGUCGUUUGCUUGCUGUCCCAUGCGUGUUUCAACCGUGAAACAAUUGUGUUUGCAUGGCCGUGUUGUGGUUUGAAGGGUGGCAUAUGAACAUGGGUACAGAGAAAUACUACCUGAAUUCUCAGGAGUGGCAACGCAUGGAGGGUAUCAUGGGCGAAACAGUAUACUCUGUUAUGCUCAUGUCUAUAGGCGACGGUUACCACUUUCCAUCAGGUGGGCCGUCAGCACCUGCAAUGCCGUUAGUGUUGUGGGUGAUCAUGGGCGGCGGUAGUCACUUACCAUCAGGUGAGCUGCAUGUUCGUUUGCCCCCUGUGUUGUAAAAAAAAGCUUGUUUGCCAUACUAAGUCACAUAAAAAGUGUUCAACAAGAAUUUAAUAUGUUUGUAAUAGAAAAACGUAAACAUCAUAUUGUAUAAUGAAAUCAAUUGUUUCGAUUUAUAUACUGAUUUUAUACGCUGGUAUAAAUAACCAUAUUAGAAUCAAUUUUCAUCUUAUAACGUCUUUGAAAAAUGGUAUUUUCUUUCUUGAUUUCAAUCGAUAUAUGUUACGUUUUAUUCGAUAUUCUAGAAUAUAAGGUCUUAUUCCAGAAAUAUAUAAUUAUAAUCAUUUACAUAUAGUUAGUUACUUAUUUGACGCAUUUUAUAAUAUUCAUCAGUGAAUUUAGGUAGAUCAAACGCCAUUUUAAUAUAAGUUAUAGAGUCUUAAAAAUACCUUAAAAUUCUACUUUAAUAUUAACAAAAUUAGUAAGAGAAUGGGACCAAUACGAGAUAACACUUUCUAUAAAAAAACUAUUAAAACAGAUCAUAAUUGACAAAGCUAUCACAUAACAUACGAGUAUACACUAAAUAAAAAUUCAUACAUACCUACUGAUAUACAUACAUUUUUAUUGAAAACCAGUCUAACAUCGUCCUUUUUGAAGAGGGUUCAAAAACCUCGGAAAUAUUCAUACAAUAAGGCUUUAAUUCAUUAUGCUGACCGAACAAAUUUUUUAUAAAGCGGAAUUCUUUAUACAGGUUAUAUAUUUAUAUUUUUCUUUGUAAACAAUAAAAAUAUACGAGUAUUUAAAAUAUUUUCCUUUAUAUUUUCGUUUCGUGUGUAAUGUAAAGUUGGUAUGUUUAUUACCUCAUAGCGUUUUAACAGUUUAACCAAUCAGUAUGAAAUUUGAUAUGGGAUGGAGAAAGAUAUAUCCCGGUAACGCGGAUGAAGUCGUGGAUAAAAGCUAGUAUAAGAAUGAAGAUAUUUACUAUUUAUUGUUUUUAAAUUAUGCGAAAAAUGUAUAACAGCUAAUUUAAUAAGAUAGAUUUAUAAUAUUGUAGAUAAGUAAUAAUUUAUUAUCAAUCAUAUCA